AGGGAAAAUACAUCCUGAAGAUAUAACACCACUUUUACCUCAUGCUAUUGGUGAAAAGAUUGAAGACCCAACUUGCUACUUUCUUCAGAUACUCUUAAAAUACAUGGUAAUUCAGGCUGCAAAGGUGGAAUGGAAGAAUAAGGAAAACCUUAACACAGGAUUUAAGUUUCUCUUUGCCCUCUUCAGAAAAUAUUAUCUUCCUCAUUUGUUCCCUUCUUUUAUAAAACUAACCAACCUCUACAAUCCUGCGCUUGGUUUCCCUGGCCUGCGCCCCAAAUCAGUAUAUGUCAGUACAACUUAUGAUGGUGGAAAUGUUUAUAGUACAAAAAUUCCAUACCUGGAUGCUCGUGUAACUUUUAUAAAAUGGCUUGUAAAUUUUUUUCUGGAAAAGAAAUACCUUACAGCAGCACAAUCUUCCAAAAAUGGUGUGGAAGUUCUACCCAGAAUCAUUCAA